CUCGCGGGCGUUCCUUGCCGCAGCACGCGGCCUUCGUCCCAAUGAAGGUGCUGGUCGGCGUCACACUCUUCAUCGCCCUUUUUACGGGUCUGCUCACGUGGUUGCACGCACAGAUGCACGGGCUCUUCAGUCCGCUUCAGUUUGCGCUCGCCGCGUUUUGCGUGCUGAAUGCAUGGAUCUGCGUGUGCGAGAUUGCUCUCUUCCGCCACAGCGCCGCCAUCCAGCGCAGGUACGAGGAGCACAGCGCAAAGCUCGGCGAGGGCAAGCUGCCGCCUGUCUUUCUGUUUGAAGACGUCGGGCUGCUCAAGAUGCUCUCCGUCUUCGUACCGUCCGAGUACGUCGGCACCGCGAUGUGGGCAACGUAUGCCGCGCUCGACCCAAGCUACGCGGACCAGGCCUCGUUUGGCUUCUGCGUCGACGUGGGAAACGGCUUCACCACGCUGGUGCCGUCGGUCCUCUUCGCAGUCAGCAUCACUUCGCCGCUCCUCGACGCGCGCCACCUCGGCAUGCUCGGCCUGGUCAUGUUUUGGCAGGAGUUUUACGGCACCUGCGUCUACUUCUUCCAGUACUUCUUCAACGGCCGCUUCCGCCGCUCGCCUCGCGCGCAUACCCUGGGCAUUGUUGUGCCGGCCAAUGGUAUCUGGAUGGCACUGCCCGCGCUCGGCAUGUGGGCGUCCGCGAGGCUUGUCCUCGACGGCAGCUACGCGGCCUUUGGCCACGCCACAUAGCGGCGAGCGAACCCGGUUUUCCUGUUACACUCGUUCAUUUAUUACAAACGCACGUCAUUCGUCAUUCUCGCACGAAGCCGCUAUCGCACUUCCAAACAAGUUUACCCCUGUCUAGCAAGCGAGCGGUCAUGCUGAACACGCAUUUAGACUUCCGCCCCCUGGA